AUGGAAGGCGUAGGUCCCGCUGAUAGACUUCCGCUAUUCAUCGCCAUGGUCCAGCAGGCUGCCUCAGAGAAGGCGUCGGUGCCGCCGCUCCAAGGAAGAGUGGCGGCAGAUCCCGACUUCGGCCUUGUGCCUGAUCUCAUCGCGGCGGCUGAUUUUCUGAGUCCUCCCGCUACGUCUCCUUCCUCGGCUCCCGCAGUGCUCGCGCAUCGUGAUCUUGGGGGAUUACUCUCGCAGAGCUCUCGGAGUUUCUUCCUGCUGGAAAGACUGGGAGCAGGACGACGAUACGGAGCCGUCACCGCUACCAAUUGGAUCCGUGCGUCGACGACGAUCGUCGAGCGUCCUCCCUUACCAACACCGCCUGCGCACCAUCCUUCGACUCGCUGGUGGAAUCACUACGACCCGGAGGCGCCUGUCGAUACGGAGGUAGUUCGAGUGGAGCUGCCGGCCUUGUCAGCUGAGCUGGGAGCGGCCGGCAAACUUAAAGCACUUGUACUAUGCAUGAGCCAAGUGAACAAGUGGAAGGCUGCUAAUUCGGACCUCUCCUUCAACUCCUUCUACGGGUAG